UUGUGCUCAAUUUCAUAUGUGGCAAUUCCACCAAGAUCUCUUCGUUAGUUGGGGGAAGAAUCCGCACGAAUCGGAUUUUUUGAGGAAAAUAUCGAGAGAGAAUUGGAUUUGGUUAGACAAUGUGUGGUUGGUAAACAAGGAUAGAUUUUUUAGCAAGGUACGAAAUGUAUCGUCAAAUAUUCAAUAUGAUUCUACAAGAUCUAGUUUCGUUCAAGUAACGGAUUCUAGCCAAUUGAACGGAUCUUCUGAUCAAUUCAUAGAUCCUUUCGAUUCCAUUAGUAAUGAGGAUUCGGAAUAUCACUAUCACACAUUGAUCAAUCAAAGAGAGAUUCAACAACUAAAAGAAAGAUCGAUUCUUUGGGAUCCUUCCUUUAUUCAAACGGAAGGAAGAGAGAUAGAAUCAGACCGAUUCCCUAAAUACCUUUCUGGAUAUUCCUCAAUGCCCCGGCUAUUCACGGAACGUGAAAAGCGAAUGAAUAAUCAUCUGCUUCCGGAAGAAAGCGAAGAAUUUUUUUGGAAUUCUACAAGAGCCAUUCGUUCUUUUUCUCUGACAGAUGGUCAGAACUUCAUCUGGGUUCGAAUCCUACUGAGAGGUCCACUAGGGAUCAGAAAUUGUUGAAGAAAGAACAAGAUGUUUCUUUUGUCCCUUCCAGGCGAUCGGAAAAUAAAGAAAUAGUUAAUAUAUUCAAGAUAAUUACGUAUUUACAAAAUACCGUCUCAAUUCAUCCUAUUUCAUCAGAUCUGGGAUGUGAUACGGUUCCGAAGGAUGAUGAACUGGAUAUGGACAGUUCCAAUAAGAUUUCAUUCUUGAACAAAAAUCCAUUUUUUUAUUAUUUCAUCUAUUCCAUGAACGGAAGAGGGGGGGAUACACGUUACGCCACGAUUUUGAGUCAGAAGAGAGAUUUCAAGAAAUGGCAGAUCUAUUCACUCUAUCAAUAACCGAGCCGGAUCUGGUGUAUCAUAAGGGAUUUGCCUUUUCUAUUGAUUCCUACGGAUUGGAUCAAAGACAAUUCUUGAAGGAGGUUUUCAACUCCAGGGAUGAAUUGAAAAAGAAAUCUUUAUUGGUUCUACCUCCUAUUUUUUAUGAAGAAAUGAAUCUUUUUAUCGAAGGAUCAGAAAAAAUUGGGUCCGGAUCUCCUGCGGGAAUUUUUUUGAAGAUCCAAAACCAAAAAGAGUGGUAUUUGCUAGCAACAACAUAAUGGAGGCAGUCAAUCAAUAUAGAUUGAUCCGAAAUCUGAUUCAAAUCCAAUUCCAAUAUAGUCCCUAUGGGUACAUAAGAAAUGUAUUGAAUCGAUUCUUUUUAAUGAAGAGACCUGAUCGCAACUUCGAAUAUGGAAUUCAAAGGGAUCUAAUAGGAAAUGAUACUCUGAAUCAUAGAACUAUAAUGAAAGAUACGAUCAACCAACAUUUAUCGAAUUUGAAAAA